AUGGCGUCUUCACGGGCUGUGUGCGGAGGCCGAACCAGCAGCAGCUGGCCUGUGACCACCACUCACUAUUUCAAGGACAGCAGCAGAAAAGCUGGGGCCAUGAGCAACGGCAGUUGCAGCUGCCUCGGGAGCACCAAGAAGAGCUGCCCUUCCAGGAUUGGCCUGGAUGAUGUGGUCAAAGUAAGUGAGAUGCUGCAGGCCCCGAGAUGCCGCUUCCACCUCUCCGGGAGGCAGUUAGAUCUUUACCAGCAUCUCUUGAGUAAAAGAGUCAGGCGGAAGCUGCCCUCAGCUGCAUACGCUGCUCGGCCCCAGAGGGGUCCUGUGGAAAGGUACCUGCAGGCUCCCCAAGGAUGCAGUAAGGCUCAGUGUCUGUCCUCAGGACCGGAAAAUGAGGCCUUCCGGGUGCUGCAGAAGCCCGGGCCUCCAGGCAAGAAGCUGGGCUCCACAGGUGUCCAGGGUUCUGGAGGCCCAGGACACCAGUGGCACAGUCCUCGCCCUUCCGACAACACGUCCCGGGAAGGCGUGCCUGCGCCCGGCACGGAGGAGAGGCUGCUGGCCAGCAGCUGUCACCCCGCCGCCCGCCUGCCCUUUCCACACCGUCCCCGCCGCAGAAAUGCAGCCCCGGAGUUGUGCUUGUUAAAAAGCAGACACACCUCGGAUGCGAACCGGGUGUCGGACGGCCGUAAACCUGCGUCGACAGGCUGUCCAAAGCCGCGGGGGCCGGUCGGGAAGGAGCCGCCGGGCCGCGCGCUCUCCGCGGAGGAGGUGGCCGGGCCGCUGGGCGCGGGCGCGGGCGCGGCGGCGGUCACCUCGGUGCUGGGCAUGUACGCCGCGGCGGGGCCGUACGCGGGCGCACCGAACUACAGCGCCUUCCUGCCCUACGCCGCCGACCUCAGCCUGUUCUCGCAGAUGGGCUCGCAGUAUGAACUCAAGGACAACCCUGGGGUGCACCCAGCCACUUUCGCAGCCCACACGGCGCCGGCUUAUUACCCUUAUGGGCAGUUCCAAUACGGGGAUCCCGGGCGGCCGAAGAAUGCCACACGCGAGAGCACUAGCACGCUGAAGGCCUGGCUGAACGAGCACCGCAAGAACCCGUACCCUACCAAGGGCGAGAAAAUCAUGCUGGCCAUCAUCACCAAGAUGACCCUCACGCAGGUCUCCACCUGGUUCGCCAACGCGCGCCGUCGCCUCAAGAAGGAGAACAAGGUGACGUGGGGGGCGCGCAGCAAGGACCAGGAAGACGGCGUCCUCUUUGGCAGCGACAACGAGGGCGACCCUGAGAAGGCUGAAGACGACGAGGAGAUCGACCUGGAGAGUAUUGACAUUGACCAAAUUGACGAGCGUGAUGGCGAUCAGAGCAACGAGGAUGAGGAGGACAAGACCGAGGCGCCGCGGGCACGCGCAGCCCCCGCCACCCCAGCUGGGGAUCAGAGCUCCCCUCUGUCCACCGCCGACGCGCUCAAGUCCCAAGACUCGCCCUUGGGCCUGGCUAAGGAGGUCCCAGAGCCGGGCAGCACGCGCCUGCUGAGCCCCGGCGCGGCGGCUGUCGGCCUGCAGGGCGCGCCCCACAGCAAGCCCAAGAUCUGGUCACUUGCUGAGACAGCCACGAGCCCCGACGGCGCGCCCAAGGCAUCUCCACCGCCGCCCUCCGGCCAUCCCGGCGCGCACGGGCCUCCGACGGGCGCGCCCCUGCAACACCCGGCCUUUCUGCCCAGCCACGGACUGUACACCUGCCACAUCGGCAAGUUCUCCAACUGGACCAACAGCGCUUUCCUCGCGCAGGGCUCACUGCUGAACAUGCGCUCCUUCCUGGGCGUCGGCGCGCCCCACGCCUCACCCCACGGCCCGCACUUGCCCGCACCACCGCCUCCGCAGCCGCCUGUCCCUGUUGCCGCCGCCGGGGUGCUCCACAUCGACAAGGCCUCGGCACGUAGUAGCCCAGCAUUUCCAGAGAGAGACCUAGUCCCCAGACCGGAUUCGCCCCCGCAGCAGUUAAAAUCACCCUUCCAGCCGGUGCGCGACAACUCGCUGGCCUCGCAGGAGGGAACGCCUCGGAUCCUCGCAGCCCUCCCGUCUGCCUGAUUAAGGGUCUUCUUUUACUUUUGCGGGGGGAGGGGGGAAGGGUUUGGGAGGGAGGAGACGAGGGAGGAAUUAAGACAAAUAUUUGAGACUGGUGUAAAGGACAAACACGACGGCGGCAUCAAUGAUUCUCAUCCAUCGCUUUCUGCAGAAAGGGGCUCGUCCUGCCGGAGCGCGCUUCCAGGGGGACUAGCUCUGCCUGCGGCUCGAGCUUAUUACCCGAUUCGGUUAAUGCCCCCACGUGCUUGUGUCUUCUUUUUCUUUGUUUUUCCUUUCUGUAUAUAGAGUGAUUUCAGAUUGUAAAUAGCGCGUCAGCGAACUUGUCUAAAUCAUAUAUUUUUGUCUAAUAAACUAAAUGAAACGA